GAGGCGCUGAUGCUCCGAGACAAAUAGUACGGUGCGGUGCCGAUAGAUGAGUACUUGAUUGCGCAUGCAUCCAACAUACAUGUUGCAAAUGCUUCGCUAGCGCUCUCAGCGGGCGUCCAUGCAGAUCAGAGAGAGGAGGGGGCACUGAGGCGGGAUCCCCCGUGUCCCCCUUGUUCAGACAGACGCUCUCGCCUCUGCGACCGGAAAGCAUCCGACAGGAGGAACCUGGACCGCAGCAUCCCUGUGCUGGAAUGUUCUCCUCCAAAGAUUUCAUCUUUUUAAAUGCCAUUUCACCUGUCGUACAUACAGAACAUUUUCUCCUGAAUUGUUGAGUCCAGAUGUGGUGGUGCUACAUUCAUUGAUGGAUCAUAAAUCUGUAAGCUGGAAGAGAUCUCAGAAGCCAUCUGGUCCAUGCCACAAGUAUCACCUUAGUGAGAACCAAGGCCUAAAAAUCUGCAGGAGAAAAUCCAAGUGGAUGUAGAAUGAAUAUUGUCUGAGUUAUAACAUGGAAUUGCAUGGGCAAUCUCAUCAGUAUAUGCAUCCUGAAUACAGACUAAGAAAGUACCAUCUGUGAGAACUCCAAGGCAAAGCGGGGUAUGAGGCAGGGAAGAGCCUUCCACAGAACACCUUGCCCCAGGAGAAAACUUCUUGUUCAUCACCUCUCAUAAAGACUUCUUGGAUUGGACUAAACCUUAAACGUUUGGAGUUCAAGACCUUCUGAAAAGGCUAAAUAAACAAUUUCUCCAUGUGAGAAGUCACUGGCUCCUACUUCCUCUGCAUUAGACCAACUAUCAGAAAACCUCAGCUGCCUGGAAAACUGAAGAUCUUAAUAGCAAACCCUCCAAGGUCAAAAUGAAUACAGAUAGCGGCGGGUGUGCUCGCAAACGUGCCGCCAUGUCUGUCACAUUAACAGCUGUGAAGAGAGUUCAGAGUUCUCCAAACCUAUUGACUGCAGGACGUGAUUCUCAGUCUCCAGAUUCAGCUUGGAGAUCUUACGAUGAGCGAACUCGAGAGACCCUGAACGGAGAUGCUACUCAUUCCUCUCUCGCAGCAAAAGGCUUUAGGAGUGUUCGUCCAAAUCUACAAGACAAAAAGUCACCAACUCAGCUUGGAAAGCAGAAACUAGCCACCAGUUUGAUGGAGGAGGCAAAUGCUCCCCAGACCCCCAGAAAAACAGCAGCAGCCGCAGCUGAAGUCUCUCCACCGCGUCAGUUCUCCGCGGUACCAGUUAAUCAAACCUCUUUUUCGCCCGACAGUGGCCCCUGCCUGGCAUCUUCCAGCCUGCCACCCCUUGAUGACGCUGUGUCUUCACGCUUUCCUAAACCUUUGACCUCCUUACACUGCUCCUAUAAAUACCCUUUCCUAGCUCCCGACAGCAUUGUCCCCAGCAACGACACUGCCACCGCCACCACCUUUUUUAUCGCAGACUCCGCCCGGAGUGAGCCUUCCUCCCGCUCCAUGAGCGAGAUCUCAUCCACCAUUUUAGAUGAGCUUCAGACUUCUUCUAACUAUGCUCCUACUGACUGUGCUGAAACACCUUCCCCAACCUUGAAUGAGAUGUCUGCUGUGACAGAUGGCACCGCCUUAAACACCCCAGCUGCCACUCAUGCUCAGAUAACGGUGAAUGGGCGCUCGGGUGGAGCUACCAGUCCAAUGAGUUACUUUCAGAGGCCGUUUUCCCCUUCAGCCUACUCUCUACCAGCGUCACUUAAUUCAAGCAUUAUCAUGCAGCACGGAAGGACAAUUGAGGCUGCAGACACAUAUUCCCAGCAUGCCCAUUCUCUGGAUGGUGGCUCUACCAGCAGCACAAUACCCAUCUAUAGAUCUUCAGAGGAAGAGAAGAAAGUGACAGUGAUUAAAGCCCCCCACUAUGCAGGCAUUGGGCCAGUAGAUGAGUCUGGAAUCCCUACAGCAAUUAGAACGACAGUUGACAGACCGAAGGAUUGGUACAAGACAAUGUUUAAGCAAAUCCAUAUGGUUCACAAACCUGAUGAUGAUGCGGACAUGUAUCACACUCCAUAUACAUAUAACGCAGGCCUUCCUAAUGCUCCCUACACGACUCAAUCCCACCCUGCUGCAAAGAUGCAGACAUACAGACCUCUUUCCAAAAGUCUCUCUGACAAUGGCGCCGAUGCCUUUAAGGAUUCCUCUUCCCCUCUGCCUCCUCCACAUAUCCCACCUCCAGUUCCACCAUUUAGGCCCCGAGACAGGUCUUCCACGGAAAAGCAUGACUGGGACCCACCAGACAGAAAAGUGGACACCCGUAAAUUUCGUUCUGAACCAAGGAGUAUUUUUGAAUAUGAACCUGGGAAGUCAUCAAUUCUUCAGCACGAGAGACCGACUGAUCGCAUAAAUCCAGAUGACAUAGAUUUAGAAAAUGAACCCUGGUAUAAAUUCUUUUCAGAACUGGAGUUUGGACGUCCGCCUCCUAAAAAGGCUCUGGAUUAUGGUCAGGACCAUUCUUCUGGUGUUUCCAAAGAGGCCUCAUUGUAUCAGACCUCCUUAGAUCAUAGCCUGGAAAGGCCUGCUAGCUCUGCAAGUAUAACUGGUGACUACAGAAAAAGGAGGAAGAGCGAGCCUGCAGUGGGUCACCCCAGAAGUGUGGGUGAUCAGAAUGCAAACAGAGCCAGCCCAACCCGAGCAGAUCUCCCAGGUCCAAGCACUACCCUUACAAAAUCUUUCACUGGCUCUUCUCCUUCUUCCCCAUCAAAAGCAAAAGGUGGGGAUGGUAGCAAAGGAUGUCCAUCCCUUUACAAUUAUUCAGGGCACAACCAGCACACCUCAAGUGAGUUAGAUUACUGCGGCACAUACAGGCAGCAUUUGGAUGUGCCGAAUGAUUCAAAGCGUUCCAUCAGCUUCAAGAAUGGCUGGCAGAUGACACGGCAGAAUGCCGAGGUCUGGAGCAGCACGGAAGAGACGGUUUCACCCAAAUUGAAAUCCCGCAGUUGCGAUGAUCUUCUGAACGAGGACCACGAUAGUUUCCCUGACCCACAGACCAAGUCAGAAAGCCUGGGCUCUCUGUUAUGUGAGGAGGACUCCAAGGACAGCUGCCCGCUGACAUGGGUCUCCCCCUACAUCUCCGAGAACCGCACAAAUAGCCGGGCGAGGAUCCGGCAUAAGUCGGCACAUGACGCCCCUGGGUUCUUGAAAAUGUACAAGAAAAUGCACCGCAUUAACCGCAAGGAGUUGAUGAAGUCCGAGGUGAUCUGUUCGGUAAAGUCCCGGAUAUUACAGUAUGAAAAGGAACAAUACAAGGGCAUGCUGCGCGGGUGGAGCCAAUCCUCCACCGAGGAAGUGCCCAGGGACAUGGUGCCCACGCGCAUUUCUGAAUUUGAGAAGCUAAUUCAAAAGUCAAAGUCCAUGCCCAAUCUGGGGGAUGAAAUGUUGUCCGCUGUCGCCUUAGAACUGCCUCAGAAUGGAUUGUGUCCAAAGCGACGGUUUUCCAUUGAGUCUCUGUUGGAGGAAGAGAACCAAGGGAGACACGUCAAUCAGGUGAACGGGCGAAGCUAUAAGCCUAAAACCCUAGUGCCAAUUCACAUUGAAGUGACCAGCGAUGAACCGCCACGAUCUCAUAUGGAGUUCUCAGACAGUGACCAAGAUGGAAUGGUCUCCGAUGUGAGUGACUUUGUUCACCUAGAGGGCUCCUCCUUCUGCAGCGAGAGCGACUUUGAUCAUUUCUCCUUUACGUCCUCAGAGAGCUUCUACGGUUCCAACCAUCACCACCAUCACCAUCACCACCACCACCACCACCACCGGCACCUCUUCAGCUCCUGCAAGGGGAGAUGCCCUGCCUCUUACACACGAUUUACCACCAUGUUAAAACAUGAAAGGGCUAAGCAAGAGAUUGCUGAGGAUUCGAGGCGACAGGAAAUAGACUCUGGUCUCUCUAAGUUAGCCUUCCUGGUAAGCCCGGUGCCUUUCCGGAGGAAAAAAAGUGCUGCUCCCAAAAAACAGACUGAAAAGACAAAAUCCAAAUCAUCAGUGUUUGAUGCUCUGGACUCUGCCCUUAAGGAUAUAUGUGAUCAAAUUAAAGCCGAAAAGAGGAGGGGAAGUUUGCCCGACAAUAGCAUAUUACACAGACUUAUCAAUGAGCUGCUUCCAGACAUUCCUGAGAGGAAUUCAUCGCUUAAGGCUCUCAGAAAGAGCCCCAUGCAUCAGCCUUUCCCUCCCCUGCCUCAAGAUGGUGCUGCCCAUUAUCUACCCUACCAGAAUGAUUGUGGACGAUUACCUCCUAGUGCCUCUUUUCAAGACAUGGAUACAACUAACAACAACCACCAGGACAAUGAUAGUGUCCUGUGUUUCCAAGACCAAGAGUCUGCUAGAAGUUAUUCAUCAGCUUUCACUGACUUGGGUCGAAGUGCUCCCAGGGAAAGAAGAGGAACCCCAGAAAGAGAGAGACUACCAGCCAGAGCUGUUUAUGACUUUAAGGCCCAGACAUCCAAGGAAUUGUCGUUUAAGAAAGGGGACACUGUCUAUAUCCUCAGGAAAAUUGACCAAAAUUGGUAUGAGGGAGAGCACCAUGGACGAGUGGGGAUAUUUCCAAUCUCUUAUGUAGAGAAACUCAGCCCUCCAGAAAAAGCUCAACCUGCAAGACCACCACCCCCAGCUCAGCUUGGAGAAAUUGGAGAAGCUAUAGCCAAAUACAAUUUUAAUGCAGACACAAAUGUGGAGUUAUCUCUGAGAAAGGGAGAUAGAGUCAUUCUUCUCAAAAGAGUCGAUCAAAAUUGGUAUGAAGGUAAAAUACCAGGAACCAACAGACAAGGCAUCUUCCCUGUUUCCUAUGUAGAAGUCAUCAAAAAGAAUGUCUCAAAAGGUGCUGAGGAUUAUCCCGACCCUCCAAUACCCCACAGCUAUUCUAGUGACAGGAUACACAGCUUAAGUUCAAAUAAGUUGGCUCACAGUGCAUCCUGCCCUACUUUCAUGUCACCUUGCCCAAAUUCUAAUAAAGGGGCCGUAGAAGGAGUCACCAAUGAAUGGUUAUCGUUGACUGUGGGGUUUCUACCUUCAAGCCCUGUGACCCCAAUUCCACCUCCUAUUCCUGGCAACUUCUUGGAUGAAUUAGAAAAACUUGAGGCUUUAACCUUACCAAGUGGCCAAUCUGAUCCAGAAAUCUUAGGGAAUAGCCGGGUACAAGUUAAGGCUAAUCCUUCCAUUACUGAGGCAUGCGAGCCCACUGAAAUGCCAUCUUCUCUGCCACUCCUUUCUUCCUCUGACACCAUCUCACCUCUAGCCUCCCAGUUCCAUGAUCCAGUGGUAAUUCAGGAUUAUACAAAACCAGCUGAAAAAAUAUGUACAGAUUGGAAAGAGAUGAAAGGUUCUCCCACUAACAAAGAAAAAAACAAAUUUUCAAAUAUUGGAAAGCUGCCUGAAGUCCUGGGUGAUAAGGUUGCCCCUUCUGUCCAGUGUAAUGUGGGUACCUUGUCCCAAACACUCCCUGUCAUUGAAGAAAAAGAAGAGGACCCUUGUGAUGAAUUCAUGUCAAUCAUCCAUGGAAGGAAGUCAAACUUUCAAGAGUCAGAUUUCUUUCAGUAUGAAGCUGAUGUUACAGAGGAAGCACCAAGGUUAUACAUAGAGGAGGAAGAUGAGGAGAUGAAACAUGAUUGCUUAACAUCUCCAGUGGCAAUUAUAAAUGACCCUAGGAUAUCUAAGGAAUACUGGAGUGCAGCCAGUCCAGCCAGUACCAGUAAAGAGCCAGCAUCAUUUUCUGCAGAAGAUGGAGGGAUUACAACUUCCCCUCGCCGCCUUUCCACUAGCCCUCCAUUUCAUUCUACCUUGGCACCCAUCUCUGACUCUCUCUCUACAAUCCCUGGUUCUGCCCAGACCCAUUCACCUCCUCUCCUUACCAAAUUUUCCUACCGACAGGAGACAAUGUCACCCAAGUUAAAGGCUGAUUUAAAAAGAGAAAUAUUUGUAAUGGCUAAGCCUCCUCGUAGCCCAGUGAUAUCUAGGAGAUCCUGCAGCCCACCUGUCAGAGGUCACAGCAGUUCACACAGGCCACAGCGCCCCGGGUUUACUCAUGAAAACAUACAAGGUGGGGGGGAACCGUUUCAGGCUCUGUAUAACUAUACUCCUAGGAAUGAAGAUGAAUUGGAGCUCAGGGAGAGCGAUGUCAUUGAUGUGAUGGAGAAGUGUGAUGAUGGAUGGUUUGUGGGAACUUCAAGAAGAACCAAAUUCUUUGGUACUUUCCCCGGAAACUAUGUCAAGAGGCUGUGAAUUCUUUUCUCUACUUAUUUAUGCCGCAUUUCAGCAACACAUCUGCAUAAAAUUGCUUGGAAAACAUGCUCCCCAGGCUUUCUGUUUCCAUGCUUCACAAACAGAAGGUUCUAAGCAUCAUCAUUAUCAUUAUCACCAUCUCCAUCCUUGCAGGACAGUGUUACGGCUGCCGUGAAGCCUUUGGGAGAAGAGGCUGGAGGGGUGUGCCGUAAACUGUUUAUUCCUGUUACCCGCUUUAGAUGUUUACAAUUUGAAACGCAGAAAACAGGACCUGAAGUUUUAUUAUACUUAGAAACAAAAUGGAUGGAAUCUGGGAGACCAGAAGAGACGCAUCUCAUAAGAGAGAGGCUUUUCUGGUCCUCUAAGCAAGUCUGUAGACAAUAAGCUCCCUCCCCUGAGGCAGCCGGAAGAUAGUGUUUCCUUAGGACAAAUUGAUGUUUGCCUUUUCACCUCCUUAGUUUGGCAGGAUACAUUACUUUCACUUUGCUCCAUCACGAGUUUGCCUCUUGUUCUAGUUGACAAUAUAUUUUAACUCUAAUCCAGUGAUUAUUUGCCUGCACUUACUGGUUAUAACACACACAGCGAUUGUAAAAUCUCCAGCGAGACUAGGAACCUUCGCUCGGACAAGUAUGAUUUUAUUAUCGAAUCUGAAUUUUCCAAUAGGAGUGUUUUCCUGCAGGGUUGGGGAAUCUGGCUUUUUGUUGGUUUGGGUUUUCUUUUUUUUUUUUUUAACUUUUUAAAAGUGUAAAUGGUAAGAAAACUUUACAACUUUAGUAAUAACCAUGAGAAAAGAAGAGGUAAAAGAUGGAUGGCAAAAAAGAGAAGUGUUGCGUUCUCAAGUUGCAUUGCUAUUUUAUAUAAAAAAGGUAAUAAUAAGCAACAUGAACUAUGAGAUGUUAGUGUUUUAUUUAUCAGAUAAAUUUUUAAAUAAAAGCAGUGUUAGUGCAAGGAUUCAUUCGAACGUAGACCCUUGAACAAGAUACAGAAAGUAUCUUCGAGAACUAUGUACUGGUUUUAUUUUUUAUUAUAUUGCAUAUGUGUGUGCACAUAUACAUGCAUGAUUGUAUAUGAACAUACAAUACAUAUGCAUAUAUGUUGCACAUUUAUGGAAAUGUUAGACUCCCAAGGCACGCGUUAUUUUAUAAAAAAUAAAUAUAUAUAUAGCACUUCAGAAACAUCAGAAGUAUUAAUCCUGGUUUUUGCUUUGCUUUUUUUUUUUUUCCUUUAAUGAACAAAGCAAUUAUUUGAAUGCGCCAUUUAUUUUAUUUCUGCAAAAGUUCAAGUCCAAAUAGUGUCUGCAUUAGAAGAAAGAGUAUGCCAAGCCUGAGUCUCCUGGUGUGUGUAAUUGUGUAAAUUCUUUCCUAAGCAUAAAUUGGGCACAUUGGGAGGCCCGAGUCUUGGAAUUUAUCGGGCUGGGGUCCCAGAAAGAACACUCACCUUGGGGUCAGUCUUGGCUCAAUGAAGGGCUUCUUCUAGAUCAUCUGAAUUCCAAUUUAAAAGUAUGAUGAGCCUAAGACCACACUAAAUGGUAAUUAACUGGUAACCAGAACCCAUAAGAAUGAAGACCAGUGAAUCAUGCCUCUGUUACACUCACUUGGAGACCUGGCUUAAGAAUUCUUAUGAUUUUAUAUAAGAACUAUUCAUAUUUGGAUUCUUCAGCACCUUAUAAACGGCAGGCUUUUAAUGGCUUUUCACCUGUGGUCAGUGGUUGAUUUUUUUUUCCCCACAAUGGACUUAGCCUCUAGAAUAUUGUACAUAUGCUCGUCUCUCUUUUGUACAGAACCAUUUAGUUGUUGAGUAACAAAUGGGAGAGAAAAAAAAAGGUUCCUUUUCAGUCCUUACCCCAUACUUAUACUAAAUGAAGAAACAAUUUUCGACAGGUUUUCCUGGCUCACAGAUCAUGAUGCAUACUUUGAGAGUGCAAUUCUUUGGCAUUUAUGCAAAAUUUUAUAAAUUUUUAAAAAUGGUCUUAGCAGCCAAAUUGAAAUGUAUAUAUCUUUAUUACAGAGAAAUGUCAGUAGUGAGAAGGUAAAGAAACACCUUUGUGCAGCCAACCCUUUUUCAAUGCUGCAGUCAUGACAAAAUUUGUAUUGCAAAGGCUUUGGGGCUCACAGCUGGGUCAGCCGCAUGCAGCUUUGCUAAGGGAUGACUAUAACUACCUUUGAUGCCAUUUAUGAUAAAAGACUUCAAUAUCUGUUGCCUGUAAUAUUUAAGAAAAAUGCUGUUUCUACUCUGUAUCUGAUUUUAAAAAGAAGGGGGAAAAAUAAUUUUUUCACACCUGGCUUUCAGGUAAUUGAAUUCUUACAAGCAAAGGUCUGUGUUUUUUUUCUUGAAUAGACUUCUAAUAAAUUUUGCUUGGAGUACACUUUAGCUUUUCUUCCUGGUAUUUAAUGCUAUGUUAUCUGAAGAAGAACUCUGUAUUUGUAUCCUCUUUUAUCACAUAAACUAAAGGAAAAUGUGCUUA